AUGGCGCAUUUGGGUAAUAUAGCAGCAUAUGACAAAUCCGAGGACUUUGAAGAUUAUGUCGAAAGGUUUGAUCAGUUCUGCUUAGCAAAUGACAUAACAGAGGAAGAUAAGAAACGGGCAGUUUUCUUGAGUGCCGUCGGCGCUCCUACAUAUGGACUUCUGAAGACAUUGCUUGCCCCUAAUAAGCCCUCUUCAAGGACUUAUCGAGAACUUACUGAGCUUUUGAAAAAUCACCUUCACCCAAAACCCAUCCUGAUAGCUGAACGUUUCAAGUUUUACAAUAGGAAACAACGUCCAGGAGAAUCCAUCACUGAUUAUGCAACGGAGCAACGGAAAUUGGCGGAAACAUGUCAGUUUGGUGCUUUUCAAGAGGAAGUUUUAAGAGACUUGUUUGUUAUUGGAUUGGCCAACCGCUCGGCACAGAGGAAACUAUUAAGUGAACAGGAGCUUGACUUAAAGAAAGCAUUUUCGAUUGCUUUAAGUCAGGAAAUGGCAGAUGAAAACGUCACGAAGAUUCAGGGUCAAACUCAGGAGGUAAACAAAGUUGUUGGGCCGAAAGCUUCUCUCCUUGAGUAUAACAAACCACUGUCAUACAUUCUGGGACCCAGGAAGGGCAUUCCAGUCCUUGCAGCUGCAAGAAUACAACGCUGGGCUAUACAGUUAGCAGCUUAUGAUUAUGACAUUGAAUUACGUCGUUCAAGUGACAAUGGAAAUGCUGAUGCACUCUCACGGUUGCCUUUACCAGAUUGUGACUCCAAUGCAUCAGAUAAGCUUGUAAACUGGACACAAGAAGCAACUGCAUUUAACAUGCACCAGGUGAACUCUCUUCCUGUAACUGCGAAAUCUGUUGCAAGGGAAACUUUGCAUGACGCUGUACUGGCUAGAGCUUUAUAUUAUACAAGAAAUGGAUGGCCAGACUCUGAGGACAUAGCACAGGAACUGAAACCCUUCCAUAGCCGUCAGCAUGAGUUUUCAAUUGAAGAGGGAUGUCUUCUAUGGGGUGCCAGGGUGGUAAUACCGUCGAGAUUUAGGAUUCAAAUCUUAGAAGAGCUACAUGGUGGUCAUCCGGGGAUUGUUAGGAUGAAAGGAUUAGCUCGCUUGCAUGUGUGGUGGCCGAACAUCGAUCAAGAUAUUGAAAACACUGUGCAAGGGUGCUCUGCUUGUCAGGCUACUCAGCCAAUGCCGACUCGUGCUGAGGGUAAUCCGUGGAAAUGGCCUUCUGGUCCGUGGAAAAGAGUACAUGUUGAUUUCGCAGGACCAUUCCUGGGACAAAUGUACCUCAUUAUGAUUGACGCAUAUUCAAAAUGGCCAGAAGUACACCCAAUGAAAUCAGUUACAACUAUGAAUACCAUAGAGAUCAUGCGGCAGGUAUUUGCUCAGCAUGGGGUUUGUGUAGAGCUCGUGUCUGAUAAUGGAAGACAGUUUGUGGCUGAGGAAUUUAAAGAGUUCAUGACCCAAAAUGGUGUAAAGCAUAUACUGAUACCCGCUUAUCACCCAAGCAGUAAUGGGCAAGCCGAAAAUACAGUAAGAACAUUCAAACAAGGAAUGAAAAGGGCGAUGAGAACAUUGCAAUCAUGUAAUACAUCUUUAAAUACCAAGUUGUGUCAAUUUCUACUGACUUACCGAACUACACCUCACUGUACAACAAAGCGCACGCCUGCAGAGCUCAUGGGUCGGCAGUUACGCACUCGCCUUGAUUUACUACACCCAGAUGCAUCUCAGCGAAUUGAAAGAAAAGCCUCAGAGAACGAGAAACCAAUGAGGGAACUCUAUAUAGGGGACGUGGUACUGGUUCGGGACUAUCGUCAAAAUACCAAGAAGGGCAUAUGGACUCGAGGAGUUGUGGUUCUUAAAUUGGGUCCAUGCACAUACAAUGUACAAGUGGACGGUAACUUAAUAUGGAAAAGGCAUAUUGAUCAAAUGAGACUGAUCUCCAAUGAUUCUCAAGAUAACAAAAAUGAACUUUUAGCACGUGAUUCUUCAGAGUUGGUCAGCUAUCCAGACCCGCCAUUACCAAAAGAGUUCAUACAUACUCGUGAAGAGUUAGGCGAUGCAGUUGCAGGUGCAGAGAAGAAUGAAAUCCCAAAUUUAGAAGAAAAGGAGGCGGCAGCCCCCCCCUGCCAGAAGAACUAUCGGGAAACUGAAAAUGGUAAAACUUCUGAUGGUUCACCUGAUAGAUCGAUAUCUGAAUUACCAAAACUUCGAAGGUCUACCAGACAAAGUAGACCACCUGACUAUUUUAGAAUGUAA